AUGAUGAGAUUAGCAUUGCUCAGUCAUUAAAGGAAUUCUCUCAGCUAUUAAACACAGUUGAAGAGGAACGACGACGACUUGGGAAAAACUACAAACUAUUCUAACAAGUAAACACGCAUUGGUCAAACAGAUGCUUGCUUUGGGUCAGGACUCUUUUUUGGACAGAGAGGAAACUGCUCGUAUCAGCAAGCUGUCAUGAUGUCUGUGGAAUGCCUUGGAAUUUCUCACUUGUUUUUUUUGUUUUUUUUUUAAAGUUUUAAUCAAAACUUAAAAAAGGUGGCCCAAGUAGGUUAGUGUGACAUCAGGUACAGUAUUAUUACUAUUGCUAUUACAUAAACCAAGGAGUGUGAGUAAGAACAAAUAAGAUUAGCUACAUUGAAGUGAAGGACAAUAGCCCUUGCUACAUAUUUCUAUUUGGAGGAAGUGUCAUGCCUAUGAUUCAUCCAUACAUACUGUAAGAUGACUGUUGGUAAUGACUAAUACUGUGCAUUAAUCCAGACAAAAGUGUAUGUUUGUGCAAUCUAUAAGCUUUAGUUUGGAGGGAAAAUCCACUCACAUGAACUGCCCCAUUUGUCAUUCAGAGAUGACAUUUUUGUUGUUGUUGUUGUUUUUGUUUGAGUUUUUUUUUUUAUAUAACUGUUCUAUUAACCUUUACAGUGGUUCUCAUUCACCCAUUCACACACACUCACACACCAAUGGUUACAGAGCUGCUAUGCAAGGCUUGCCAUCAGGAGCAACUUGGAGUUCAGUUUCUUGCCCAAGGACACUUGGAGUCAUGUGGGCCGGGAAGCAAACCGCCAACACUACGAUUAGUGGACAACCCGCUCUACCACCAGAGCCACAGCCGCCCACUAUGAUUCAGAAUGCCGAUGACGUCUUGAUCACACCGCUGGAGAAGUUUCGCAAGGAGCAGAUUGGCGCUGCCAAAGAGGGAAAGAAGAAAUUUGACAAGGAAACUGAGAAGUACUAUACAUUUCUGGAAAAACAUCUGAAUUUGUCCUCAAAAAAGAAAGAGUCCUUUUUACAAGAGGCAGAUACCCAGAUCAAUAAGGAGCGACAGAUGUUUUGUGAUGCCUCUCUUGAAUACGUCUUCAAGAUCCAAGAAGUGCAAGAGAAAAAGAAAUUUGAGUUUGUUGAGCCGCUCUUGGCGUUUCUCCAAGGACUGUUCACAUUUUACCAUGAAGGUUAUGAGCUGGCGCAUGAAUUUGAGCCAUAUAAGCAGCAGCUUCAGUUCAACCUGCAGAAUACAAGGAAUAAUUUUGAGAGCACCAGACAGGAAGUGGAGAAUCUGAUGCGAAGGAUAAGGUCAGCAGAGCAGGACUUCAAAGCUCCUGGACAGUGGACUAUGGAGGGCUUUCUUUAUGUACAGGAGAAACGUCCUCUGGGAUUCACGUGGAGCCGACAUUACUGCACGUAUGACAAAGAGACUAAGAUGUUCACCAUGAGCAGCUCUGAAAUCAAAUCUGGAAGCAAACAGAACGGACUAGUUCUGAGUCCACCUGAAAUGUUCAAGCUCAAGUCGUGCAUCAGGAGAAGGACAGACUCCAUCGACAAGCGAUUCUGCUUUGAUAUUGAAGUGGUGGAAAGGCAUGGCAUCAUCACCCUGCAGGCUCUGUCUGAAUCCAACAGACGUCUGUGGAUGGAGGCCAUGGAUGGAAAAGAGCCAAUUUACACACUUCCAGCACUUCUGAACAAGAAAGAAGAAACAUUCCUAAAUGAGGCGGGGUUUAACUUCGUAAAGAAGUGCAUUCACCUUGUGGAGACAAGAGGUAUCCAAACGAUGGGUCUGUACAGAAUUGGAGGAGUGAACUCUAAAGUGCAGAGACUUAUGACCUCUGUUUUCGCCGCCAAAGCUCCUGCAGACAUGGACCUUGACCCGGACACUUGGGAUAAUAAGACCAUUACCAGUGGACUCAAAAAUUACCUCAGGUGUCUGGCUGAACCCCUGUUAACCUACAGACUUCACAAGGACUUCAUCCUGGCAGUCAAGUCAGACGAUCAGAACUACAGGGUCUGUGCGGUUCACUCUCUCGUGCACAAGCUGCCGGAGAAGAACAGAGAGAUGCUGGACAUCCUGAUCAAACAUCUGCUUGUGGUUUCCACUCACAGCCAGAAGAAUUUGAUGACGGUAUCUAAUCUCGGUGUGAUCUUCGGCCCUACACUGAUGCGCUCCCAAGAGGAGACCGUGGCUGCCAUGAUGAACAUCAAAUUUCAAAACAUUGUGGUGGAGAUUCUCAUAGAGAACUAUGAGAAGAUCUUUCAUCAGUCUCCGGAUCCCAAUGUACCUCUACCUCAGCCUCAGGCUCAGUCUCGCGCCAGCUCACGCCGCAGCAAAGCCAUCUGCCUAUCCUCAGGCCCGCGCAAGUCCAGAGGCCUGUACUCGCCUGCUCUCUGCUUGGCUGAUGCUGACAGUGACACAUUCAGCAGCAGUCCCAGCAGCACGCCCAUGGGCAGCCUGGAGUCUCUGUCCUCUCACUCGUCAGAGCAGAACGGCUGCUCCAAGGCAGCCUCUCCCUUACGGUCCAAACACAAGAUCUCAGGCAGCCUGUGCUGGACCACUCCUUCCCCGUCCUCUGAUGGCCCUAAGAGCCCAGGUGGCACCACCAGUCCUGACUCCAGCUCCAAAGAGGACGCAGCUAAGACGGAUGGAGAGUGGGAGGAGGCUCUUAGUGUUCUCCCACCAGAGCGAGCUUCUCCAGCUCCAGAGCUACCUAACAGAGCUGAGGAGGAGAAUGCAGAGGUGCAGAGAUCGGGGCACAUAUCUAGCAUGUCCUCCUGCUCCUCCCUCACCUCCCUUCACAUCUCUGAAGGUUUCCGGAGCUGCCAUGGUUCAGUUCAGAGUUUGGUUUCUCGCAGUAACAGAGACAGCCUGAAGUCAUUGCCUUUACCAGACCUCCCUGUUAAAGACACAGGCAGAUGCAGCCUGGACUCAUCAGAGAGCAAUGGAUACCAGAGGCCUGGUUCUGUGGUGGCCUCCAGAGCCGCGUUGUUCGAGAGCCCUGUGGUCUCCCAGCCGGCCGCUGCUGGAAGGGAGGCCAAAGCCAUGUAUUCCUGCCAAGCCGAGCACAGCCAUGAGCUCAGCUUUCCUAAGGGAGCUGUCUUCUACAAUGUGCACCCAUCAGUGGAACCAGGGUGGCUCCAAGCUACAUAUAAUGGCAAGACUGGACUCAUCCCAGAGAAUUACGUGGUGUUCCUAUAGCCAGGCCUAAAAGCAGACAUAGCAAGUCCAUGGUAUCCAUGGUGAUCAUUUCUCCAUAAAAGGACCCUUUUGUACAUUCAUGAUAUGCAAUAUGUGAAUAGUUUGAAUAUGUAGCUCAAAAAUGGUUAUAAAUACAACAUUAACCACAGAGUGUAAAUGUGUGAUGUAGAUAUUAGAAGGUUUCUAAAAAAUAAUAAUAAUAAUAAUAAUAAUAAUAAUAAUAAUAUUUUAUGUUUCUUACUGCUAUGCCUUUGGCUCUGUAAGUCCUAAGGUAGAUUAUUUAUAGGUGGUUAAUAACGCAGACUGGAUCUGACAUGUUGAAUUGAUCAUGUGAGAAACAUUGACCUGUCAUAUACUACAGGUCUGUGCUUCUUAGUUCAGUUUCUGUGAUGAAGGAGAACAAUUAACAUACUGAUUAAUGUGAUGGUACAUGGCAUGCUCAUAGAUUUGUUUUGUUUUUUGUUGUUGUUGUUGUUGUUUUUUAACUUUUCCCCAUAUAACUUAUCUUUGAAUGUAUUUUUUUUGCAUAUCUGUCCCUGGAGUCCAAAACAAUUUUUGGAGUAUGUCCAAAACAUUUCCACGCCAUUCCAUUAUACAUGUUAAUUUUCCCCCCUUUUUCUUCUUAGCUACGCCAAACGGUAAAACAAACGUAACAGAUGCAGGACAUCAAUGAUUAGAUCAUUUGUUCCUUAAUAGCAUUCAUCUACAGGGUGUCACAAAAGUCUCCAUACAUAUUCAUGCCAGCAUCAUGUCGGUUAUGCCUUCAUCAGUGGAUGUUCGUGGACCUUCACUUCUCGGUUGGUCUGCAACACUUCCUGUCUUUUUGAAUUUGAUAAUACGUUUGUGAACAAUGUCGUGUGUGAUGUGCUUGUCAUGUUUCCUGUUAAAGGCCAUUGCAACCUUGCGACAGCUUCCUGAUCCAGCCAUGAGAAUGAAUUCAAUAAGUCCUUCUUUUGUCAAAGGCAUUACUAAAGGCUAUCUGAAAAAAAUAUAUAUGAUAGAAAAUAAGUAUAAAGAAUAUGGAGACUUUUGGGACACUCUGUAGAAAGUCUCGGUAUUAAUGAUCCAUUAAAUCAGUGCCAACUGUAAUGACGUGUGCUCUGAGAGGAAUAGUCCUGUUAUGUAGCUCUAAGUACUAAAUAUAAAGCGCUAAUAUUACAUUUACAUUUUACAGUUAUAGUUACAUGGCUUUUUCUUUCAGAGACGUCACAUGUCAUCACACUUCUUUUGUUGCUAUUUUUAAUUUAUUUAAAGUCCAUUUCUUACUGUAAAAUGUCAAAUGUAUGCUGUCAGCCCUGUUGAUGUCCUAAUACAUGUUGUCUUGUUCUCAUUGAAAUGGCACUUGUUUCCUUAACAGUUCUGCUGUAUUUCAUUUCACACUGGUUUACCAUUUCAAUGUACUUUUAUGCACAUGAUCAGAAGAGCAGUAGUAUAGGGUACAAUGAAGAGUUUAAUUUCCCCCAUAUGCCAUUCUUAUUGCCCCUAAAAUGGCAAAAUUAUCAUUAUUAAUAUUACCUCAUUGUCCAUUCCAUAUUGACUUCCACAAAACUCUUCAUUAUGCCCACCAAUAGGGCAUGACGUAUUUUUUUUUAGAUAUUUUGUUGAAUGUGUUAACCUGUUCGUUCUAAAGUCUUUUUAGGAGUCCUAUAUAAUUCACCCAGAUAUGUGAACUGUUUUUUGUUGUUGUUGUUGUAGCUGCGCUGUUAAAGUCUUCAAAGUCACUUUUGUGCCAUAACUUUAAACGUUUUACAUUCUAAUAACUUUAAAACUUUUGUUAGAAUCACUUUUUAUUUUACCAAAAAUAUAUUUGGUAGACAACAUUUUGCUCCCCUUUUAAAGCACAAAAUAAUCAGAUUUAGUAUCUGCAUUUACAUGAUAAUUAGAUAAUUAGAAUCUGUAUUUACAUGUCCUUUUGAUAAAUAGGAAUUCAACGUACCUAUAGCUAGCUUCCAUACAGGAUAGCGCAUUAGCCUGCUAACUAUGAUAACAAAUUAUAAAUUGUCGUAGUUUCUUAUAUUACACUUUUAACAUGUAUUAAAGGGACCGGUGGCCUUUCGGCUUGAACAACCAGUUACAGAAAUUCUUCUAAAAUUGCUUUAUAAAUUGCUUCAAUUCUUCAUAAAAAUCCCCCCCCCCCCCCCCCAAAAGCAGUUGAUUUCAUCUUAAAACCCUCUAAAGACAAGUUAAUAAUACAUUCAGGAUCAAACUUUAUCCCAUCAUAAGCAAAACAUUCUUAUAAAAAGGUCAUUUUACUUCAAGAUAUAUUUAAAGGAAUGAUUUACUGUGAUAUAUUUUAGCAAAUGUUCCUAGCUAAGAAUAGUAGCAUCCAAAGUAAAUAUUAAAAACACACUUGAUGGUUAAAUGGAUAAAUAAGCUUUUUGUUCUUUUACUUCCCUCAGUAUAUAUUUGUCCAGUCAGUCCUUUUGCCUUAAAUCCUGGAACAGUUUCUGUCCUGAUUCCAUGUAUUGUUUUGUUUCUUUUUUUUACAUUUUUUUAUUUGAAACUGUAUUUUCUGUAUUUUAUUUUGUAAUAUUGUCCUGUAUUUCAUGACAAGAUUGUCCUUUUGAAAAGGAAAAAGAAGAAAAAGGAUUUCUUUGUUGUUUUUCUUUGAAUACUUUCCCAGUGUUACUGACAUUCUCCAAUCGGAUAAAGUUGCUAUAAAGUGUU